UGUCAAAUACAUUGUUGUUAGGACGUAAAUUUCUACUGUCAAUGUCAAUAUCAUACGGGAUUUUUUUAAAGAAAAUAUUCUUGUUUUCUACCUAAUUUAAAAUAUUACUAGGUCGAAUAUAUAAUACUAACUGAAGCAGCUAAAACGCACAAUGAUUAUUUUCCUAAGCGAGUUACAAAAAGAGCAUUUGAGUUUAAUUCACCGACACUCUAUACAAGUUUUGAUCGAUUUCUGUAAGCUGGCUUUAGACUUCUUGAAUAAUGGAGUGAAUAAUAAGAAGUAUACUAUUGCAGCAGAAAAGCUAAACAUUUCAUUGACAGAAGUGCAAAAUUUGGUCCAUGCAUUGGUAUAUCUGAUUGUGGAAGCAUGCAGACUGAAUUUGUCAGAUGCAGAUUUAAAGUCAUCAUUGGCUUUAGCAGGUUUCUCCAAUGAACAACAGGAGGUGUUGGUAAAGUUCUACAACACCAAAAAGGUGGAAUUAUCAGAAGCUUUGUAUUUACUGCAGCAAAAAGACCCAACAUACCAAGACUUAAAAUGGAGGUUUGAAGUACAGGUGGCCUCAAAAAGUUGUCAUGAGGAAAUAAAACCAAUGGUAGCAAUGGAUUUUGUGCUCAUGAAACCAAAAAGCUUUGGACAAUACACAGAGCACAAAGAAACAAAUGAUGUUGAGAAAAAUGAACAUGUACUACCCCCAAUAAGAAUAAAUUCAAGCAUACAAGAUGCCAAAGCAGCAAGCCAUUGCCAAAAUAUUAUAGAACAUGUCAUUCUUCAGUGUGAUCUUCCCAACUUAUUGCAUUUAACCAACAAGUUAGAUCAAGCUUUAAAAGAAUCCAAAAGCCAACAUGUACGUAAGGUGCAAAGAUCUCUGUAGAUAUUAAGUGUAUUUAAUUGAUAUUAUUGCCAUUUUACUGUAAUAAAUAUUUAUAAUUAUGUUUUA